UGGCUAAGGCACUCGCUUUUCGUUUGGCAACCCCUAAUAAAACUCUGCUGCCUGAAAAAAUUAUUAAAGACCUAAUUCCAACAAGUUGUAGACAUAUUUUGCACCGUGAAGACGAAUUUGGUCGCACAGAUACGUGUGAUUGGACAUUUAGCAUAAUUGGUGAUAACGUUACCUCAAGCGCAGAACACAUUGCACCACCACAACAGAUUAAAAAAAUCGUCAGCUCAACUUCCAGGCUUAAAGGACAGAUCGGUAAACUAGGAAAUUAUACCAAUGCUGGCGAUAUUUCAUUCUCAUUGGAUAAUUCCAGUUUUUUCUCCCCGAAAAAUUCUCUGGGGAUAAUAGGAAUGUCUUUGUUUUGUCCAAAGGGCCAGUUCCUCGUUGAAAAUGAUUACAAAUGCGCCGACUGUCCACCUGGAUCUUAUGGGACAAGGAUAAAUGGCGUUGCAACAUGCAGUAAUUGUCCUCGUGGAUUGUAUCAAUCAAUUCCGGGUCAAAUAUCUUGCAACAAGUGCCCUGAAGGAUUUGUAACUGCUGACCAUGGUGCCAUUGAUCAAAGCCAGUGUGAAGACGAAAAUAAAUUCUUUCUGUUGUUUUUGCUCGUAAAUAUUUAUCCUGGCGAUGUAUCUGUCACUGCAAAUGUGUCUGACAAGCUGGAGAAAUUUGAUCUGAAACCAACAAGAAGAGCGCUCAUGACUAAAAAGUGGAAGACAAAAAAGACGUUGAUCUUGAGUGCAGUCGAUGGUAAUACAAACCGAACGGUCAAGAUAAAUGGACAGUCUGUGAUUCGUCUUCAACCAACGCCAAAGAACCGUGUCCGUUCUCUGAUAGUGCUUAUUAUCAAAGGAUGAUUAAACAGAUGAAAGGAAUUUGCAGGAAAUUUUUUGGGGGAUAAUAAUCAUUUAUUUCAUUAAAAUUUUAGUUGACAUAGUUAUACUGAAUAGCUAUAUUAAUGUGAAGUUAGUUUAUACCUGAUUGAAAAUAAUCCCGGGUGGUGCAAAUAAUGACGAAUGAUUAGAAGUCUCUCUGUAGAAU